UUUAUUAUCUGAGUAAUAAAAUAAAAUAAAUCGAUUUUUACUACACGUUAAAAAAUGAGCAUUAUGGUUUGAAUAAUGUUCAGUAUUCCACGUUGCACGUUAAAAAAUGCUUGUUCAUAUAAUUUUUGUGUGUGGUGUUCUUCAUCCUAUUUUGCAUUACUACAGUGUUUUCGGUAAAAGAGAAACGCUACAACGUUAUGUAAUAGAGGAAGGAGCGAAACCUCCAAUCUUCGGUUCGUAUAGUUACGACCCAGUGAAGCAAGUAUUUAUGCCGCCCCCCUCAGAAGACGGCGACGAGGAUCUGCACCAGGAACCCCAACCAGCCCCUCCACCGGUGCUCCAAACGAUACCAGGACCGUCGACAAUAACAAAUUGUCUCAACGACACUCGUCGUCCUAUAUUUAGGAAACAUGUGUCUGAAGGCCCUGAACCUACUGGCAUGGGAACCGAGCCCACGACGGUGUCAGUGUCCGUGUCCGUCUCCACGAACGCGACUCCUGGAUUCCCCGUUCCCGUUACAAACUGGUGGGAUAAACCGAACACACCCAAAACAACUACACCGAAAAAUAUAACUUCAAAUAUAAUAAAUAAGUAAUAGUAAUAUCACUUACAAUCAUUAAUCAUUGAUAAAUGAAAAUCAUUUACCAUCAAAAACAUCAACCUGUGAAAAAGUCCAAGUCUCGCUCUCGAUUUAUCUACCGUAAAAAGUUGUAAGAUCCACAACUUUUGAAGCUUCUAUGUAUGUUAGAAGUGCCUUAUACUUUUGAUGAUUUGUCAGUCAGUCAGUGCCAAAUUUCGAAACAUUGACAUAUUAUAAUUCUUAAACUACUGGUUCAAAUUUAAUGAAAAUUUUAAUAUACUAUGUUUGUACAAUGCCUGCUUAGUAUCUGAAUUCAGGCUUGCUUUAUCUACAACUAAGUUAUAAGCGGUCGAAAUUGGCCUGAAUGGCUUCGAGAAAAGGAUAGUAUGGUACGGCCUUUAUUUGCUUGAUUUGGCAGGGGCACUACCGUGCCCCCAGAUUUUUUCACUUCAUUGUUUAGACAUAGUUAGCUAUACCUAUACGUACAUAAGUAUCAUGUUAAGUCGACUUUUACCAUCAAAUGAAAAUUAUUUUUAGCAAAUAUGUUUGUAAAUGUGUACCAAAAGUGUUGCUUUAAAAAUUGUUUCCGGCUGUGAUUAAUUAAAAUAAUGGACCCGGGGACGGCGGACUUGCAAAGGCUCCGUCACCCCCACCCUGUUCAACAAGACCUGAGACGGUGGCGAUGUGUCUACGUACACUUACCAAUCGGGGUCCGAAAGAAAUCACAGUCCUCUCCCUCGUGCAUCAAAUGUUAUAUGGUUCUCAACUCAUUAUUUAACGUGUAGUAAAAAUAAAUAAAAUAACCUCAAC